AUGCCGCAGAAAAUUCUGCGGCCCCUCAAGAUGACCUUUGAGCACAAUAAGAGGCAGCAGAGAGUAUUUAGCCAAACACCCACUCCCACACCUGUUCACUCGGGUAUCAGGAAACUGGUGUCAGAGCUGCCAGGCUUUGAUAGAGACCUCGCUGUUCCUUUGCUCUGUUGUUGUCCGUCAUCAUUGGGAGUACUCCGAAACUGCUGGGAGCAGUUGCAGCAUAAACUUCGGCAGAGCCUCCCAGGACUUACCAGUCCUCCUUGGGAACCAGCAUUAGCAGUCCAGGGGCCAUCGAUAGUUGCAAGACUAGCAAAUGAUACCAGUGAAAGUAUGGAGAUUUCUAGUCUUUGGGAUAGCAUCUUUUGGAUGGCAGCUCCGAAAAACAGACGCAGUAUUGAAGUUAACCGGUGCAGAAGAAGAAACCCUCAGAAACUUAUUAAAGUUAAGAAUAAUAUAGAUGUUUGUCCUGAAUGUGGUCACCUGAAACAGAAGCAUGUUCUUUGUGGCUAUUGCUAUGAGAAGGUACGUGCAGAGACUGCAGAAAUCAGAAGACAGAUAGGGAAAGCAGAAGGCGGUCCUUUUAAGGCUCCUGCUGUAGAGACCGUGGUUUUGUACAGGGAAGAGAAGCCAGCUGAGCAAGAUAAAGGCAAGAGGAUCAUUGAGCAAGACAGAAAACGGCCUUCCUGGUUCACCCAGAAUACCACAGACAUUUAA